AUCAAAUCAGCCCAAUCAUAUUUAGACCAACUUCAACACCAGCAGAUGAUUGUGGAAACAUCACACUAGACCUCAAACAGCUUGGACUGUGUGCCUCUCCACUCUUUCUCCCUUGAUUUCCAAAUGAAAUGUAAAAUUUACUGAUGGUCAAUGAAGGUUUGGAGAGCGAUGCCAUCUGCUGGGGUUGGUUCACUGUGUUUUAUUAUCAAGUCCAAAGUCAGUGCAGUGUUUUCCCAGAGAAUCUUACAGCACUUCAUGCUUCUUUCUGCUCACAAUAAAGAUGCAGAUUUCAUUUUCCAGCAGGACUUGGCACACUGCCCACACUUCCAAAAGUACCAAUUGGUCUUUAAUAAUAUUCUAAUUUUCUGAGACACUGAUUUUUGGGUUUUCAUUGGCUGUAAGCCAUAAUCAUCCACAGUUAAAGAAAUAAACGCUUAGGUCACUCUCUGUGUAACUUUUCAAAGAUUUAUUUUUGAGAUGCACUAGUAUACACAACCUUUCAGAUCCGUUUUUAAAUCGCAAUUGGGGGACUUUUAUUUUAAAUUCUGUAAGGCAACUUCCUGUCGCAGCAGUUUGAUUCGUCCUGCCAGUGUUUACGAUAUGUUUGUAGUUCCGCGAAAAGAGCGUUUGAGCGCAGUCAGACUGACAGCGUGUAAGUAUAUUAAUACCGACACCUGGCUAGUGGUGUAAACACUUAAUCACACUGAAUAAACAGGAAUAACACGUGAAGAUGUGGCGUUUACAAGCAGUCCAACAUAAGGCGAGCCGCUCAGCGAAGGAUCUGGAGGAGUUUAAGCACAAGAGAAGAGAGCAUGAGAAAGCUCUGAGACAGGCGAGGAGAGACAGACAGCUCAUCAGCAAAAGAGUCCUGUUAAAUGAAGAUGAGCAUCAGGAGAGAGAGUUUAUGGAAACUGAUGCGUCCCCUCUAUCUCAAGAACAAUUGCAGGAGAUGAUACGUAAUGUACAGCACGGUGGAGAGGAAAAAGCUGCACGUCUUGCUUUUCUGAGGAAGGUGCUGAGAGACCCUCAGACACACCUGAUCUUUACUAAGCUAGAGAACAGCAUGUAUGUCCUGGUUGGGCAGCUGAGCGGACACAAUGCUCAGUGUCAGCUGGAAGCAGCGAGGUGUUUUUAUGAGCUCUCUCACUCUCCUCACCCUGGCGUGGGUCAGUCAUGUUUGCCUGCCACCCCUUACCUCCUCACUUACCUGUCCAACCCCAAUGCCAAGCUCACAGAGCUUUGCCUGUACACAUUAGGGAACCUGUGGACUGAGGGUGCUAAAGUAAGAGAGAGGCUGCUUGCUCAAGGGAUAGUGUGUGCCCUCACCAACUGCAUUCAGAAUCAGAGAAAUAACCUGGCAGUGGUGGAGGCUGCUGGCUUUACUCUUUCUCAACUUCUCCAGGAUAAAGAAGCAGCUGACCGAGUUAUUCAGCAGGUUGUGUCUUCUGGAUUGGUCCCUCAUUUGAUCUCCUAUUUGAAGCCAGAUCCUGAGUUUGGUUUGGGACCAGCAAUCGAAUGUGCCUGGUGUUUACAUUACAUAGUUUCACGUACUUGUGAUGCCUCUGCCUUGCUGACUCAAGGUGUCCUUGAACGGUGCAGUAGCCUUUUGGUCACACUAGGUGGUGCUGUAGUUAAAGGAAGCACUGAAGAAGGCCUGGAACUGCUUCUCUGGCCCCUGCUGCGUUGCCUGGGGAACCUUCUUGCCAGUGGGGUGUGUGAGGGUGGUAGAUGUCCUGUGGGUUUAGAAGAUGCCCGUCUCUUAGCUGCUUUGUGUGUGUUCAGCCAGGCUUACCUACCCACCCACUCUGCUCUGACCAGGGAGAGCCUGUGGGUCCUCAACAACCUCACAGCUGGUUCCACUCUGUUUUGCUCAGCAUUGCUGUUCUUCAAUGUGGUGCCUGCGCUGAUCCCACUUUUGCCCUUCUCUAAGGGAAUAAACAUUAUGGUGCUGAGAAUUCUGGGUAAUGUUGCCCACAACGGGACAGGAUAUUGUGCUCAGCUGACCCAGGCAGGCCUGCUCCCAGCUAUUUGUGCUACACUCAAAAUGGCCGAUCCAGAUGUUGUGACCAUGAGCCUGGAGGUAUUGUACUUGCUGAUCGCCAGCAGCCCUAAUGUCACGGAAGAGUUUAUUAAGCUGAAUGGUAUUCAGUUGAUGGAAGCCAUUCAAUAUAAUAAUGAUGAAGAACAACGUCUGAGGGCAUCCUACCUCUUAGACAAUUACCUCCACAUACACUCCAUACCAAACAACUAAACUACAUUUACGUAUUACCAUAAUAUAGUAUCAUAUGAAGUUAUUUUGUGUCUGUUUUUAAAAGUGGAUAACCCAUUGUGUCUAACGAUAAAGGACAAUGAAUUAAGCUGUAAGCUACUGUAGUAUUAAUUUAUUAGUGAUGUAAAAAUGUCUUUUUAUAUAUUUUUAAAAU